UUUUCUUUGGUCACUCUUUUCAGUGUCACAUACGGACCUACUUUGAAUACGUCAUAGUGUCAUAGAUUUGAUAAGUUAAGUACAUUACUGAUACAUGUGUCAGUGACCAUGCAGUGAAAGUGGUAAGGUGAUGUGGUGGCCAGUCAUUAAGGUUUAAUAUCCCUCCGCUGAGAUACUUUACUCCUUGAGUCCACCCCAUCGCUGAAAAUGAAAAAAUAAAAAAACAGCAUAUGUUUAAACACAGGUUUUUUUUAAAUCAAUAGGAAAUACAAUCUGAAGAGAAAGAUGUGACACCACUGUGUCACUGUGCAUGUUGCCAUGAGAUGAAGAUGGCUGAGAAAGGGCCAGGUAUGGCCACUCUUACAUUCACAAGCAUCAUAGUUUGUGCUGUUUUACUGGCACAAGGAUCCCCUGAGAAGACAGGAGGUGGUAAACAGGACCAGGGAGACGCCAUUCUUAAGGAGAUCAUUUCAAAAUGGAGUACAGGAAGUGGUUGGAAACCUCAGAAAGCUCCUCCAGAAACAAACCAAGACCAGUCUGUGCACCCUUGGGUGAGGAAUAUCAUGGGGAGCCUAAAAACACUCGGCCUAUUUCCCAGCAAGAACCUGCCUUCAUUAAACAAGCCAAUUGACAGGCACCGUCUCUCUGGCUUCCUCUACAACAUCUCUCUCUACCUCCAAGAGAUGGGUGCAGAGCUGGAGGAGGAACCGGCAGAGCCAGACCAGGAGCAGCUGUGGGAGAAGGUGCUGCAUUACUUUCUCCAGUCUGAAGGGAGUGCUGCGCUGAACCAGUGGAACGGCCGGGUGCCACCCCGACCCAGUGUCAGAGUGCAGGACUGGUUUUUGUCCCUGCGGGGCAGCCCCCACUGGGACUGGCUCCUGGGGCUGCUGCAGAGUCUGAUCAGUCUAUCAGAGCGUCAGCCCCACAGACCCCUCUUAACUUUCUUAACUCAGAACUGGAGGACAGUAAGCGCUGUGUUUGAAGCUGCGCUGCAGGCUCUGCUCAGUGGGACCUAUGGUCAGGCCAGUGCAGGCCUGCAGGGCUUUAUCUGUGCUCUAAAAGGUCGUAGUGACUGUGCCUUCAGUGUAAGCUGGCUUCAGCAGCUGCUGCUUUUCCUAGAAACACGCAACUGGAAGCCUGUGGUCAGUUUACACCCAGCAGGGGAAGCCCUUCAGCUUGCCUCCUGA